UACCCUGUUGCGCGGAAGGUUCGUGUGUAGUCGAAACUGCGCACGUGGGGUUUGUGUAGCUCUUGAACCAGAGCGCCUUCAUUCUGCAACUUGCAAGAAUCUUCUGCUGGCGGACAAAAAGCGGUGGUCAGACAAUCAAGUGUCAUGCCUGUGUUGAGGUUCUACAGGAGGCAGUCAGGGGUUGGCAGGUCCCUGCAGAGGACGGCAGUACUGUAUCCAGGGGUCUCCAUAGAAACUGAACUCUGCUACAAUGUGGAACUGAAUGGAUCUCUCAGUGCUGAGGAGAAGAAGGUGCUAGUCUGGCUGUUCAGCCCACCCCAGCAUGGUAGCGUGUCUGAUGAACCUUCCCUCAAGGCCGGAGAGGGAGAGAGGCUGGUGGAGAUCGGACCCAGACUGAACUUCUCCACGGCCUGGUCCACCAAUGCCGUGUCCAUCUGCCAGAGUGCUGGCCUCAGCCAGGUCACCCGUGUGGAGCUGUCUCGCAGACACCUCAUCAAGCCCAUCGGUAUUCAAAAUGGCACGAAAUCGGACCACGGUGAGGAUAAACUGAUUGGUUGUCUGUACGACGGCAUGACCGAAUGCGUGUACCAGCGUCCCAUCGACUCGUUUGCAGUGGAUGUGCGUCCACAGAAAGUGUUUGAGGUGGACAUCCUGGGGCAAGGCCGGGCAGCCUUGGAAAAGGCCAACAAUGAUCUGGGUCUUGCCUUUGACUCCUGGGAUCUAGACUACUAUACAGCCCUAUUUCAGAGGGUCAAGAGGAACCCUACCAGCGUGGAGUGCUUUGACUUGGCACAGUCCAACAGUGAGCACAGUCGCCACUGGUUCUUCCGUGGCCGCAUGCUGAUUGACGGGCAGGUGCAGAAGGACACCCUCUUCAGCCUCAUCAUGGCCACACAGCACCAUAGCAACCAGAACAAUGUCAUACAGUUCUCUGACAACAGCAGUGGUAUCGAGGGAGUGGAGCUGGACUUCAUGUAUCCCAGUGAUGCUGGCCAGGCCAGUGCCUACGAAACCAGACGGGCCACCAGGCAUGUCAUCUUCACAGCAGAGACGCACAAUUUCCCCACAGGUGUGGCCCCGUUCAGUGGUGCUACCACGGGAACAGGAGGCCGCAUCAGGGAUGUGCAGAGUGCUGGGAAGGGAGGUCAUGUGAUCGCCGGGACAGCCGGAUACUGCUUUGGAAACCUACACAUUCCAGGUUUUGCCCUGCCCUGGGAGGAGGAGGGGUGGGAGUACCCCACUAGUUUCGCCCCGCCCCUGCAGGUGGCCAUCGAAGCCAGUGAUGGGGCCUCCGACUAUGGCAACAAGUUUGGGGAACCGGUACUCACAGGGUUUGCCCGCUCCUUUGGAAUGCGGCUGGCCAAUGGGGAGCGUAGAGAGUGGAUUAAGCCAAUCAUGUUCAGCGGUGGGCUGGGCUCCAUCGAGGACCCACAUGUGAAGAAGGAGGCGGCAGAGCCGGACAUGGAGGUGGUGAAGAUCGGAGGCCCAGUGUACAGGAUUGGGGUCGGGGGAGGGGCUGCCUCCUCUGUGCAGGUGCAGGGUGAUAACUCCAGUGCACGUGACCUGGACGCGGUGCAGCGUGGGGAUGCUGAGAUGGAGCAGAAGAUGAACCGGGCCCUGAGGGCCUGCCUGGAGAGGAGAGACGGAAACCCCAUCUGCAGCAUCCACGACCAGGGCGCCGGGGGCAACGGAAACGUGUUAAAGGAACUGAGUGAGCCCGCAGGAGCCGUGAUUUACACCAGCAAGUUUAAGACAGGUGACCCCACUCUCAGUGUCCUGGAGCUGUGGGGGGCGGAGUAUCAGGAGAGUAACGCCCUCCUGCUGAAACCUGCCGACCGGGACUUUCUAGAACGAGUGUGUCUGCGGGAGAAGUGCCCUGUUGAUUUUGUCGGCAAGAUCACUGGAGAUGGCAAGAUUGUUCUGGUGGAUGAUCUGAAAAAUCGUGGUGACACCCAAAAUGGCCGUCAUCCUGUGGAUCUGGAUCUGGAGUGGGUGCUGGGCAAAAUGCCCCAGAAGGAGUUUGCAAUGGAGCGUCUUGCCCCCUCCCUCCAGCCCCUGUCUCUGCCCUCCUCUCUCUCUGUGCUCUCGGCUCUAGAGAGGGUUCUCAGACUACCCUCUGUGGCCAGCAAACGCUACCUCACCAACAAGGUGGACCGCUCUGUGACUGGUCUGGUUGCCCAGCAACAGUGUGUGGGGCCGCUGCACACCCCUCUGGCUGACGUUGCCGUGGUGGCCCUGUCCCCCUUCGGUCUCCAGGGGGCUGCCACAGCCAUCGGCGAGCAGCCCAUCAAGGGCCUGGUGUCCCCGGAGGCAGGGGCACGCAUGGCAGUAGGGGAGGCACUCACCAACCUGGUCUUCGCCAGAGUCACAGCCCUCAAGGACGUGAAGUGCAGUGGCAAUUGGAUGUGGGCGGCCAAGCUGGCCGGGGAGGGUGCCAGCCUGUGGGAGGCGUGCCAGGCCAUGUGCCAGGUGAUGAGCCAGCUGGGGGUGGCAGUGGACGGGGGCAAGGACUCCCUCAGCAUGGCCGCUCGCGUGGGCGAGGAGACCGUCAAAGCACCAGGUGCUCUGGUGAUCUCUGUGUAUGCUGUGUGUCCUGACAUCACCGCCACCGUGACCCCAGACCUGGAGGAUCCUCAUGGACAAGGUGUGCUUGUGUACGUACCUGUGAGCCCAGGUCGGCACCGGCUGGGAGGCUCGGCCCUGGCCCAGUGCUUUGGUCAGUUGGGAGAGGUCAGCCCGGACCUGGAGCACCCAGACAAGCUGUCAGCCUGCUUCAACACCACCCAGGCCCUCCUCAAGGAUGGCGUGCUGAGUGCAGGCCAUGAUGUGAGUGAUGGAGGCCUUAUCACCUGUCUUCUGGAGAUGGCCUUCGCUGGGAAUCGGGGGAUAGAGGUGGACUUGGUGUCACAAGGCGCUGGAGUGUUGGAGGUGCUGUUUGCUGAGGAGUUGGGCCUGGUGCUGGAGGUGGCUGAGCGUGAUGUGGAGAGAGUGCGUCAGAGCUACACUGAGGCUGGCCUGCUCUGUCCCAUCAUUGGCAAGACCAGCGGCUUUGGACCCGAGUCUAUGGUGACCGUGAGGGUGGAUGGGCAGGAGGUGUUGAGUGAGGCGCUGCCCAGUCUCAGGGCAUUAUGGGAGAGUACCAGCUUCCAGCUGGAGCGGCUGCAGGCCAAUUCCCUGUGUGUCCAACAGGAAGAGGAGGGGCUUAGCCGCCGCACCCAGCCCUACUUUAAACUCACCUUUGACCCCACCACCACCCCCAGGAUGGAGAGCCUGAGUGCCGUGAAACCGCGCGUGGCUGUGGUUCGAGAGGAAGGCAGCAACGGAGACCGAGAGAUGUCUGUAUCCCUCCUGAUGGCCGGCUUUGAGGUGUGGGACGUGACCAUGCAGGACCUGUGCAGCGGGGCCACCACGCUGGAGCCCUUUAAGGCUGUGGUGUUUGUCGGAGGCUUCAGCUACGCCGACGUGCUGGGCUCGGCCAAAGGCUGGGCGGCCACUGUGCGGUAUAACCAGCGGGCACGGGAGGAGUUUGAGCGUUUCCGGCGGCGUGAAGACACCCUGAGCCUGGGCGUGUGUAACGGCUGCCAGCUGCUGGCACUGCUGGGCUGGGUGGGCACCGGAGCCAGCACGGAGUCGGAUGUGACUCUGACCCAUAAUAAGUCGGGUCGCUUCGAGUCUCGUUUUGUGAGCGUGAGCAUUCUGCCCUCUCCUGCCAUCAUGCUGAAGGGGAUGGAGGGCUCAGCACUGGGGGUCUGGGUGGCCCAUGGAGAAGGGCUGAUGCAGUUCCGCUCGAGCGAGGCUCAGCAGGCGGUGAUGGAGGGCUCUCUGGCCCCGCUGCGCUACGUGGACGACGCGGGCACCCCAACAGAGAAAUACCCCAUGAACCCCAACGGCUCCCCGCAGGGCGUGGCGGGGGUCUGCUCGGCCGACGGGCGCCACCUGGCCAUGAUGCCCCACCCGGAGCGCGCCACACUGGGCUGGCAGUGGGCAUGGGCGCCCGGCCCUCUCCGCUCCUCCAUGAGCCCCUCGCCCUGGCUCAGCAUGUUCAAGAAUGCAGCCGCCUGGUGCCACAGCUCACAGUGAGACACACAGAUACAUGAUGCCUACUUACUGCAUGUGCACCAGCUGAAAGCAAUAUCGUACCAUUUCUGGAAAUAAGCUUAUUUUACACCUCCCUUGAGUUAAAUAGUUCAGAUGGUGUCUGAUCUUUCUGGAGUCAGAUCUUUCUGGUGAUGUUACUUCUACUUUCAAUCUAGAAAUUAUUAUUGAAUCCUAUGGCAUCAGCUAACUACUUGCUGGUACUAUAAUUACUAAUUAAUUGCUAGCUUGGAGUUUAACUCAGAGAGGUGAAAAUGGUGCAUUGUUUCUUUAAUUAUGUGGUCUUAAGCAUCAUCCCUAAUGUUAGGUUUGAAUGUGUUAGAAUUAUCUGUCUGUAUGCUUGUCUCCGUCACAUUCCAUUUUUAACCAGCCCUUGGUACUAAACUGAUGCAGCUUUACUAGCUUCCUUUAUUAGCUGAUCCAACUUCAGACUUUCUAGGGAGGUAUGUGUCAUAUUCAUGUCUAUGCUGGGUCAAUUAUGUAGCCUUAGUAGACAGACAAUAUUUAGGACUGGCUGGUUUAUGGUUGAUUGAUUAAAUAGUCUGUUUGUCUUAAUGUCAAAAACAUUUCACCAGGACCCAGCUUUUCCUUGCGUUUAGCUCAUUUUUUAGCACUCAUGUUUCUCUGUAAAAAAAAGAACACAAAGCAACUGCACGUUUUACAUGUUCCAAACUAUCGAAAUAUCAGACCACUCCAGUGGGCCUGCCACAGAUCAGAUGUGAACCUGAUCAGCCAAGUGGCUUUGAUGGUGAUUUUAACCUGAUUUAGGAUUAUCUUAUAUAAACAUAUUAACGAGAACUGAACUUACAAAUUACUUUUUGACUGUGUUAACUUAAUGCAGAUAUAGGCCAUUAACCAUAUACAGUAUGUAUACAGAUCAAUAUUGUAACCAUAAGGCAUAUGAUAAAAGAGUAAUUUCUGAAUUCCAUUUCAUAACUCCAAACUAAUCUUCCUGUCUGUUAAGUGUCACAAUUAUACAAGGUCAAUAUGCUUAAAAUGUUAUGGGUCAGUUUAUACAGUAAAUUCUGUUUUUCCUUGUA